AUUGGAUUCUCAGUGUGAUCUACUGACCGUUUUCUUUGAAAACGCAUUAAUUAUUCCUCCCUGCUGUGUUACCACGGGUACCGUGUAAGAGUCUUUGACCGAACCUGUUCAUGUUUUUGUCAUGUCAGUUCCAAAUUAUGGUUUUAGCUGAAUAUUUGGAAGUUGUAAUUUUCAACAACAACGCUGCACGGCUCGCAGGCAAUGUCCAGUUCAACAGUACCUACUUCACAGCAACAAAUAAAGCAGUAUCUCCGAAAGCACAAAAAGAAAUGGAGCGAAGAAAAGAGUGCCUCGGGAGAUAUAAAGAGAUCAGGGCAAUCUACAGGACAACGUUCUCUUAAUAAGUCUAAUAGCUACAGUUAUGUGAAGGCCAAACCAGUGCUAAUGAGAAAAGGAAGGACCACAAUAGAUCAUCUGCCUGAUGAAGUUCUAUAUAAGAUAUUUUCAUUUUUUGGAGCUCACCAUCUUUUGUUGACAGCCAGAGUUUGUAAACGCUGGAACAUCUUAGCAAAUGACAAUCUGCUUUGGGCUGAAAUAUUCAAGACAUAUGCACCAAAUAAAAAAAAGGACACCACAUUAGAGCCAGAAAACAUUCCAUUUUCUUUCUGGAAGUCGCAGUGUAUAAAAAGAUGCUCAGAUCAGAGGAAUAAGGACGCAUUUCGUCACCUGCGAAAGCUCCACCCGUACACUGGCUUACCAAGAGAGACCAACAAAAUCUUAGAACGGUGUGGUAUUCAGUGGGUGCUGGUUUUACAGGACAGUCGUGGUGAGCAGCAUGAGAUGAGAGCUUGUGGGAACUUCCCCUUCUGUAUGUCCAGUCUGGUCAGGUGGUACAGCUUACAGUCCCCUUCCCUCAGAGAAAUCCGCAAGAUACAGGUGUACUCCAUCAACCCGCUGUUCUUUGAACGUGGGAGGGCAGUGGCCAACAGUCCAUACCAGAGAAGUCUAUUGUUAGAGUUAGAGCUGAAGUGGGAUAGCUGGGUGAGAACAAACUCCCCCACCUCAUCAGAUGACCUAGUGAACCUCUACUUACUACCCCAGGGUGUCAUGCUGGCCACAUGGAAGGGUGAUGGUGAACUGGCAUUCGUGGCUGCAUGUUUACAUCAUCACCAGCUGGUACAGAGGUGUCUCUAUGGAACACGACAAAGUGCAUUCAUUCCAACUCUACCAAAGCCAGUGUUUGAUGAUGUGGACAAAACUUAUGGUCUCCAUGACUACAGCUGUACAAUGGAGCUACAUCAUCAGCGGCAGUCCAUCUGGAACCAGCAGUUCAGACGCCUUCACUGUAAACGAGAAAACUUGGUGGGUGGAUACGCUUUUUUUGACCUUAUCCGACCUGAUUAUUCCUCAGACCACAGUAUAAUUUCACAGAAAAUUGUCCUUCCCUGGAAAACAGAUGCCUUUAAGGGCAGACUUGAGAAUGUGACUAUACUGGAUAUGACCAUUUUGGAUGAACAAGGACAUCCAUUUUGGUGUUUAAGCUCUCCGGUUUCCCUGCAAAGUACUAGUGAAGGUUUAAGUUUUGAUUACAGUUCAGAUGGAUGUUGUUGUAUAAAGUAUGUUGAACCCAAAGGAAAGGUCGUUAUGGAACUUAACUGGAGUCCCGAUAGAGAACAGUAUUUUGUGACACGCUUAUUGGUGGCUGUAUCCCUGCAGGCCAUCAAUGACUGGUUCGGCACUUUGUAUAAAUGAUCAGCAAAGAGGGAUACAAUACAGCAGGAAAGUAAACACGCUUACUUGUGGCUGUAUCCCUGCAGGCCAUCAAUGACUGGUUCGGCACUUUGUACAAAUGAUCAGCAAAGAGGGAUACAAUACAGCAGGAAAGUAAACACGCUUAUUUGUGGUUGUAUCCCUGCAGGCCAUCAAUGACUGGUUCGGCACUUUGUAUAAAUGAUCAGCAGAGAGGGAUACAAUACAGCAGGAAAGUAAACAUGCUUACUUGUGGUUGUAUCCCUGCAGGCCAUCAAUGACUGGUUCGGCACUUUGUAUAAAUGAUCAGCAAAGAGGGAUACAAUACAGCAGGAAAGUAAACACGCUUACUUGUGGUUGUAUCCCUGCAGGCCAUCAAUGACUGGUUCGGCACUUUGUACAAAUGAUCAGCAAAGAGGGAUACAAUACAGCAGGAAAGUAAACACGCUUACUUGUGGUUGUAUCCCUGCAGGCCAUCAGUGACAUCUGAAGCUUUAUUCUCCCUCACUGGAGAUGAGACAGUGUAUGUCUUGGAACUUAUUCCAUCAUUAAACUAAAGCGUACUUCUUGCUGCAGCUAAUGGGGAAACUCAUCAAACUCCUCCCUGUCUUUAUCAAGAUGGUCUAAAGCUGUGAACUCGUUUGUUCUUUCCUAUAUUACGUCACAAUGAUUGGUGUAUGUGUGAUCAUAAAACAUAUAUGAAGUAUACAGGCAUUGUAACGUCAUAGAAGAAAAUAUGUGUUCUAUAUGCAUUUGGACCUUUUGUGUAGCUUGUCCUCAAGUCUCCCAUUGAGUACAAAUUAACCUCUUGCUGGUUUCUGUAGCUUUCAAGUCAUUAGGUCCUACAACAAGGAGGCACAUUACAUGCACUCUAAGGAUUCCAUCAUCGUCAUAUUACUGAAAAAUUGUUAAGUACGACAUUAAACCCCAAGCAUUCACUCACUCACUCACUCAAAAGUUAGUCCAGGCUAAAGUGUCAUUUACUUUGGUGAUAGAAUAAUACUGGUAUUAAGAUUUAAGCCUUAAACCUAACUCUAACACACUUUUGAAGUACUGGCACUAACUCUGGGCCCAAACAGAUUGUAACUUACUUGAAUGGCCAGGUGCACAUAUGGUCCAAUACUGAACAUGACUCGCCAACAGUAUGAUGGAUGUUUUAUUUGGGCUAUCGUCUUCGUGGCAUCCCGGAAAGCAGUUAGAGAAGAAACACUCUGCAUGUUAAAGUUGUGAUAAUGUGACAUUCUGUAAUUAUUCAGCCUUUGCAUCUGUCUCUGCCACCAGUAUUUUAAAUCAUUCUCAGACAACUGUGGGAUGUAGAGAUAUAAAUUGCAGUUUCUGAAGCUUGAAUCUUUAAUAACACAAGUUCAUUUUUAGCAUCAUUUUCAUAAUUACUGUAUACACAGAUUCCACUGGAAGAAGUAGUUAAGUGGUAUAUGACACUAUGCCUUCUUUCAAACUGGUAACAUAUAAAUUCAUAGUUCACACCUAUGUACAUGUACUGUUUACCUCCUGUAUAUACACUAUUUUACUCGAGGACUACAUGUUCUAUAUACCUGAUCUCUUUCAUCGUAUUUUCUUGGAUCAGAAUGACCAUCCAACAGUUUUGGAUGCUAAUUUAUUAUGAACCUUGUU